CCAGACCUGCCGCCCGCUGCUUCUGUGCCUCUGCAUCUGCCACUGUGGGCGCCAAGUUCCAGCGACUUCUCCUGUUCCACACUCUCCGCUUUGCUCCCCGUGUGUCCUGAAGAAAGGGGACAUGCUCCCGAGAUUUUCCACGGUGAUGAUAGCAUUUGAAGACCUGGCUGUGUACUUUAGCUGGGAGGAAUGGCAGAACAUGAACAAUGCUCAGAAAAUCCUGUACAGAGAUGUGAUGCUGGAGACCUACAGCAGCCUCUUCUCCUUGGGGCACUGCAUUACCAAACCUGACUUAAUUUUCAAGUUGGAGCAAGGAGCAGAGCCAUGGAUGGUGGACGAAUGCCUGAAUCAGAGCCUUUCAGUGGGCAUGAAAAGGGAUGACCUGAUUAGGAUCAACCAGGAAAGUCAGGACACAAAUCUGAAUCAGGAUUUUAUGAAAAAUAACAAGACAUCAGCUCUCAAGAGAGUUGAAUUAAGAAAGACCCUUACUUUAAAUUCAAGCCAUAUUCCAACACUGAUUAUUAAAAAGGGAAUCUAUUCAGGAUUGAAGCCUGAGGAAUGCAAUAAAUGUCACACUGUGUAUCCCCCCAGUGGGCCUAAUCAACUACAGGGUGGAGAGAAAUUUGAUAACACUAAGUUACCUGGAAAAUCUCUCCAGUUCUGUGAGCCUCUUAGUCAGCAUGACAAUAUUCACAUCAUGAAGCAGCCAUUUGGACCCACUGGACAAGCAAAAGUCUUCACAAGAAAGAUGUCCUGUAAAUCUGAGAGGGUUCAUAUGGCAGAAAACUGUAAUAAAUCAACUGUCACUUUUGGAAAAGCAACUCAAAAAGAAAAGGCUAUCAAUGAAAAUUCUAGCCUCAAUAUGCAUCAACAAACUCACACAAGAAAGAAAUUUUAUAUUAGGUAUGUUGAACCUGUCAUUCACCAAUCACAUCUUGCAAUAAAUCAGAGACUAAAUACAAGGGAAAAACUUUACACAUGUAACCCUUGUGGAAAAUCACUCAGUAUUAAUUCACCUUAUGAAUGUAAUGGCUGUGGGAAAGCCUUUGGACAAAAGUCAGUCCUCAGGAAAUGUCAACAAAUUCACACAGGGGAGAAACCUCAUGAAUGUAGUGACUGUGCAAAAGCCUUUACACAGAAAUCAUACCUCAUAAACCAUCAGCGAAUUCACACAGGGGAGAAACUUUAUAAAUGCCUUCAUUGUGGAAAAGGCUUUCUGUGGAAGUCAGUCCUCAUCGUACACCAGAGAAUUCACACAGGGGAGAAACCCUAUGAAUGUAAUGACUGUGGAAAAGCUUUUGGACAAAAGUCAAACCUCGUACUGCACCAGAGAAUUCACACAGGGGAGAAACCUCAUGAAUGUAAUUAUUGUGGAAAAGGCUUUGGACAAAAGUCAGUCCUCAUCGUACACCAGAGAAUUCACACAGGGGAGAAACCCUAUGAAUGUAAUGACUGUGGGAAAGCAUUUGGAAGAAAGUCGCACCUCAUAUUACACCAGAGAAUUCACACAGGUGAGAAACCUCAUGAAUGUAAUUACUGUGGAAAAGCCUUUGGACACAAGUCAGCCUUCCUCACACAUCAGCAAAUGCACACAGGGGAGAAACCUCAUAAAUGUAAUGACUGCGGGAAAGCCUUUGGACAAAAGUCAAACCUCAUCAUACACCAGCGAAUUCACACAGGGGAGAAACCUCAUAAAUGUAAUGACUGUGGAAAAGCCUUUGGACAAAAGUCACACCUCAUCAUACACCAGCAAAUUCACACAGGGGAGAAACCUCAUAAAUGUAAUUACUGUGGAAAAGCCUUUGGAAGAAAGUCAUACCUCAUAUUACACCAGAGAAUUCACACAGGGGAGAAACCUCAUGAAUGUAAUGACUGUGGAAAAGCCUUUGGAGGAAAGUCAGACCUCAUGAAACAUCAGCGAAUUCACACAGGGGAGAAACCCUAUGAAUGUAAUUACUGUGGAAAAGCAUUUGGAAGAAAGUCACACCUCAUCAUACACCAGCGAAUGCACACAGAGGAGAAACCUCAUAAAUGUAAAGUCUGUGGAAAAGCCUUUGGACAAAAGUCAGACCUCAUCAUACACCAGCGAAUUCACACAGGGGAGAAACCUCAUAAAUGUAAUGACUGUGGAAAAGCCUUUGGACAAAAGUCACACCUCAUCAUACACCAGCGAAUUCACACAGGGCAGAAACCUCAUGAAUGUAAUGACUGUGGAAAAGCCUUUACACAAAAGUCACACCUCAUCGUGCACCAGAGAAUUCACACAGGGGAGAAACCUCAUAAAUGUAAUGACUGUGGAAAAGCCUUUGGACGAAAGUCAUACCUCAUGAAACAUCAGCGAAUUCACACAGGGGAGAAACCUCAUAAAUGUAAUGACUGUGGAAAUGCCUUUGCAAAAUCACACCUCAUCGUGCACCAGAGAAUUCACACAGGGCAGAAACCUCAUAAAUGUAAUGACUGUGGAAAAGCCUUUGGACAAACAUCAUACCUCAUGAAACAUCAGUGAAUUCAUACAGGGACAAACCUCAUAAAUGUAAUGACUGUGGAAAAGCAUUUGGAAGAAAGUCACACUGCAUCAUACACCAGUGAAUGCACACAGAGGAGAAACCUCAUAAAUGUAAAGACUGUGGAAAAGCCUUUGGACACAAGUCAGACUUCAUGAAACAUCAGUAAUUCACACAGGGGAGAAACCUCAUAAAUUUAAUGACUGUGGAAAAGCAUUUGGAAGAAUGUCACACCUCAUAUUACACCAGAGAAUUCACACGGGGCAGAAAUCUCAUGAAUGUAAUAACUGGAAAAGCCUUUGUAUGAAAGUCACACCUCAUCAUACACCAGAGAAUUCACACAGGGGAGAAACCUCAUAAAUUAAAAGACUGGAAAAGCAUUUGGACACAAGUCAUACCUCAUAUUACACUAGAGAAUUCACACAGGGGAGAAACCUCAUGAAUGUAAUGACUUUGGAAAACCUUUGGACAAAAGACAAAACUCAUAUCACAGCAGAGAAUUCACACAGGGUAGAAAACUCAUGAUUGUAAUAACUGGAAAGCAUUUAGCCAUAAGUCAACCUUCAUCAUGCAUCAGAGAAUUCACAAAGGGCAGAAACCUUAUGUAUCUAAUGAGUGUGGGAAAGCCUUUAUAAAUCAUAUGUUAUAAAUCAUAGCUCAUAUCAUACCAGAGAAUUCACACCAGGGAGAAACUUCAUGAAUGCAAUGACUGUAGAAAAGCCCUUGGCAACAAGUCACAUCACAGAAUGCGUCAGAAAAUUCACAUGAAGAGAAACCUUUUGGACAUAAUGACUUAGAAAGGUUUGUCCCAUAGUUCGGCCCUCAUUGCACAUCAUCUAAUUCAUAUGGGGGAAAACACUUUGGAUAUAAUACAUAUGGAAAAGCCUUUAUCCAUAAGUAACACUUCAUAAAACAUCAGAAUUCACAUGGGGGAGAAACCAUAUGAAUGGAAUGAGUGUUGGAAAACUAUGUCAAAAUCACACAAUAUAACAUCAGAAAAUUUAUUACAUGGUGGAAAUCUUGUAAUAAAUAUGAGAAAGCCUUUUGUCCGAAGGAAUACCUCAUAACACAUGUAGUUCAAACAAGGGAGAGAACUUAAGAAUAUAAUGAAUGUGAAGGACUUUUUCCAAAAUCAACAUAACCUUGUGACAGAGCCUUUUGCUGGAAAUUGCAUCCCAUACAAUAGGCACUCCCAUAAGGAAGAAAGGUUGGGACCAGCGCUGUGGCACAGUAAGUUAAAGCCCUGGCCUGAAAUGCUGGCAUACCUUGUGGGCACCAGCUCUAGUACCGGCUGCUCCUCUUCUGAUCCAGGUCUCUGCUAUGGCCUGGGAAAGCAGUAGAAGAUGGCCCCGCACCCACGUGGGAGACCCAGAAGAAGCUCCUGACUCGUGGCUUUGGAUCACUGCAGCUCCAGCCAUUGCAUCCAUCUGGGGAGUGAAUCAGUGGAUAGAAGACCUCUUUCUGCUUCUUUGUCUCUCUGUAACUUUGUGUUUCAAAUAAAUAAAGUAAAUUGUUAAAAAAAUGAAGUUCAGAAAUAUUAUUAGUGUGACAAAAAGCCAUUUGUCAGAAAUUGAUCAUUAUACAUCAUAAAAUUCACACAAGGGGUUUCUUAGGAGUGUAAUGAAUGUGGAAGUAUAUUUUCAUGGAAUUCAGGCUUCAUAAAUAUGCAACUCAAAAAGUGAUAUCCUUCAAGUGCAAUAGACCUUAAAAAUUCAUAGCCAGAAAUUAAACAUCAGGCUGGCGCUGUGGUCCAGUAGGUUAAUCCUCCAUCUGCGAUGCUGGCAUCCCAUAUAGGUGUCAGUUCUAGUCCCAGCUGUCCCUCUUCAAUCCAGCUCUCUUCUGUGGCCUGGGAAAGCAGUAGAAGACAGCCCAAGUGCUUGGGCCUCUGCACCCACAUGGAAGACCAGGAAGAAGCAACUGGCUCCUGGCUUUAGAUCAGUGCAGCUCUGGCCAUUGUGGCCAUUUGAGGAGUGAACCAACAGAAGGAAGACCUUUAUCUCUGUCUCUCUCACUGUAACUCUACCUGUGAAACAAAUAAAAAUCUUAAAGAACAAGAAAUUAAACAUCAACUAACACCAGAGAAUUCAUACAGUAAAAUGUCAAUUUAAUGAAUGUGAAAAAAUUCUUCUGCCAUUAAUCAAUUCACAUAAAGAGACUCAGAAAUGAGAAAACAUACAUGCAUAGAAAAGUCAUGUAUCAUACGUCACCUCUCAAUGGUUACCUGACAACUCACAGAAAGAAAAAAUCCUAUGACUGUAUUAUAAUGGGAAAUACCUUUAUUAUUAGGGAAACUUCCACAAAACAUAGCAAGAUUACAGAGAGAAGUCCCUGAAAUAUAAUUUGUUUGGAAGAAUUCUUUGGUGGAAUCACAUCUUAAUGAGUAUUGGGCAGUUUUCAUGAUGAAUUGUGACAGAGAGUGGUUAACUGUUGUUCAGAAAUUUUUCUCUUAUACAACCUGAACUUUUGGUUUCUCAUGAUUGUGAGUGGAAUCAAGUAUAUGAACUGAACUGUGCUCUCUUGUGUAAGUUUUGUUAAUAAAUAUUUAAAAAUUGAGUAACA